UUCAAACAUAAUGAAAAUGUUAUAUAAGCUCCCUAUCUAACUCAUCUGCUUCACAAGAUUAGUAACAUGAAUUCACAACUUCUUAAUCUUCUUCUUCUUUUAGUCUUUGCACAUUUCUCAUGUUUUCCUCUACUUAUGCCCGUAUCUGCAAAAGUUUUUUUUAGCAUUGAUUGUGGUUCUUCAUCAUUGAAACCUCGUACUGACAACAAUUCGAUCGUAUGGGUCGGGGACGGUCCUUUCAUACAAACUGGAGAAGUUCAUAAGGUCAAUAUACCAGCACAAAUACCUGAUUUCGAUUCUAAUGCUUUGAACACUCUUAGAGCAUUCCCAACCCGGAAGAAGAAUUGUUAUUCAAUAGAUUUGGAUACAAAAACCGAAAACAGUACUCGAGUUCUUGUUCGUGCUAAUUUCUAUUACGGAAACUAUGAUAACAAAUCAAGCCCACCUACUUUCAAUCUUCAAUUCAAUGGGAACACUUGGGAACAAAUAACAACAACAAAUGACUCAGUCCUAUAUACAGAGGUGGUAUUUUCAUUGAACAACACUAACAAUAUUAACGUAUGUCUUGCUCAAACUCACCUGAAUAACAUUCCCUUUAUAUCUGCUCUCGAAGUAAGAAGUUUGAGUUCAGAUAUUUAUGGUUAUAUCCCUUCAGAAUUUCCAUUGCUUUUCCAGUUAAGACUUGCUUUUGGUACCAACAAAACUGUCAGGUACCCUGAAGAUAGUUUCGAUCGGAUUUGGAGCUCAAUUGGACCACUAAGUAACCCUAGUCCAUUGAGGAGGAUUACAAGCGACUCGCCAUCCAUAAACGUCAGCAGUACUAUAGAUAAACCUCCGGAAGCAGUACUAAGAACAGCAUUAUUGCUUUUCAAUUCAUCCGAAGACAUAGCUUAUAGUGCCACUACGAAUGUUACCGGUCCUUUGUUUUUCAAUGCGUAUUUUUCGGAACCGAUUAAACUAAGUUCUGCCCAGAAACGAUCAUUUAAAUUAGUUGUCAACGCUAAUCAAGAUAAUAGUUUGUUUUUCCCUGAGAACCCUCUGAUUCCACCUUACGGAGGCGCAUUGGAGGUCCACAUUGCCAACGUGUCUACCUUCAACUCUUUUUUUUCACUUGCGUUUCUCCGGACAAAUGAUUCAACUCUUCCUUCGCUAAUCAAUGCUCUUGAAGGGUACACUGUCGGUGAUAAAUUGGCUCAAGGAACCAAUUCAAAUGAUGUGAAAGCAUUGGGUUUAUUGAAAAAGAGUUUCACUCAGCUUCAAGAUUGGAAUGGUGAUCCUUGUUUACCAUCACCAUACACUUGGGAUUGGGUCGCUUGUAGUGAUGAUACGGACUCUCCUCGAAUUAUAGCACUGAAUCUCAGUGACUUUGGAUUAACAGGCACUUUACCAGACUUCAGUGGCAUGGAUGCUCUCAAAACCAUAAUUCUCCGCAACAAUAGUUUGACGGAAGGUAUUCCUGAAUUUCUUGGCACACUUCCAGAACUCACAGUAGUAGAUCUGGCGGAUAACAACUUCUUGGGAACGGUACCUUCGUCAAUAUCAAAUAACGUCAAUUUGAAGUUCACUGCAACUGGUAAUCCAAACGUGUCGUGCACGCCCACAUCGAUAUGCAAUACUGACCCCGCAUCAAAAAUUCCUCCCCCAAGCACUAAUACUAAUGCUGAACCAAAAAUUCCUUCCCCAGCUGACAAAGGCAAAAGUUCUAAAACAUUAGCACAACCAAUAAUAAUACUUUUGAUUAUGUUUUCUGGUUUAUUAUUGUAAGUUGAUUCCCGUCACAAUGAUGCAGUGGCGUGAACCUCAUUGUGUAUGUUGUUAAGCUUUCUAUAUUGCUGUAUUAAUUUCAUGGAGUACUGUUUCAUUUACCUCAUCAGAAUGCUAUAAUUUUCGUUUU